GCGAUACGUUCUACUAUGCUUUCCGUUAACUAUUAGGCCUGUCCGAAGAGAUAGAGGGGAUGGAAACUACAAAUCCCAGAUACCCUAUGCCGUACGAUUGUUUGGUGACUGAAAAGUCAUAGCUUGCGACAGGUAUUGCAUUGCGGGUGCCUAGGGAGCCAAAACAGAGCAUUCCGGAGGUUUAUGGACCUUGCGCUACUCCGUGUAUCCUUUCAUCUCUCCGUUGACGAUGGGGAAGGCCGAAGAAGUGAUACGUAUUGCCAAAAAGCUGGACAAGAUGGUAAACAAGAAAAAUACGGAUGGGGCAUUAAACUUGCUUAAAGAGCUUAAAGACUUUCCAAUGUCACUGGAAACAUUACAGUCUACUAGAAUUGGAAUGUCUGUGAAUGCUGUUAGAAAGCAAAGUUCUGAAGAAGAAGUCCAAGCAUUAGCAAAGUCGCUUAUUAAAUCCUGGAAAAAGCUGCUUGAUAGCUCAGAAAGCAAAGUAGAAGAGAAGAAAAAGGAGUCUUCAGGUUUGCCAUCACCUACAAAGGAUAAUCCUGAAACUAGUGACCAAAGCAAAGUACAAGCGCCUAAGACUCCAACUACUCCCAAAAUUACUACAUUCCCUCCACCACCAGUUACAACAGACAAUGUGCGUAACAAGUGCAGAGAAUUGUUGAUGACUGCACUUCAGACUGAUGGUGAUUAUAUUGCUAUUGGAGUUGACUGCGAGAGUUUGGCUGCACAAAUUGAAGAUUAUAUAUAUAAAGAAUUUAAAUGCACAGAUAUGAAGUACAAAACACGACUAAGAAGCAGAAUCUCCAACUUAAAGGAUCAGAAGAAUCCAGAGUUAAGGAAGAAUGUGCUAUGUGGGAACAUUUCAGCAGAGCGUAUUGCCUCAAUGACUGCUGAGGAAAUGGCAAGUGCAGAGCUGAAAGAAGUUAGGAAAGCACUCACAAAAGAGUCAAUUCGUGAGCAUCAGUUAGCCAGGACUGGUGGUACACAGACUGACCUUUUUACAUGUGGGAAAUGCAAGAAGAAGAAUUGCACAUAUACACAGGUGCAAACACGCAGUGCAGAUGAACCUAUGACUACAUUUGUAGUUUGCAAUGAAUGUGGAAACAGAUGGAAGUUCUGCUAAGACUUCAGUGAAGAUUUCAGUUCCAAGAAAAGAAAAGGCAUCGGCAUUUAACGUAUUCAUUUAUUUCAGGAAAUUGUAAAAUUUUUCUCUGAGUAUAGCUUUAUAUAAUUUAGAGGUUAUAAACACCUUUAAUACAGUAUAUGUUUAAGAAAACAUAACAUUUAAACUUUUUUUAUUAAUUUUCUUUUUAAUCUAAUUGAUGAUGUCUGUACAUUCUUCUGUUAAGUUAAUGCUUUUCUAAAAUUUGCACCAUUCAUUUUUUUUUUCUUCAAGUGUACUUUGAAAUUUACAUUCCUUUGUUUGCAUUAUGUCUUUCACAGCCUGCCUUAAACACUCUGUAUGUGUGUGUGUGUGCGCGUGUGUGUCUAUAAAACAUGCUUAGACACUUUUUGGUUUACUGUUAUUUCCACUUUAUGCUAUAAUCCAAAAAAAAAAAAAAACAGGAGAUAUCCAGGAUGUUAAACAUUUAAAAUUCCUGUGUACAGUAUAUUGUUUCUGUUAAAUAUGUAGCAUUUUUCCUCUGUUAAAAAGAAACUAAUAAAAACUUGAGAAUUGCUUAUGUAUAUUGAUGUGAAUGUAGUCAUGUUCUCAGGUUGUUCUUUUCUUAUGACAAAACCUUUCAACAUAAAGCUAUGAAUUUCUUUAUUAAGUUUGUUGGAUACUGGAGUGUAUUUAUUUGCUUGUGCCUUUUAGUAUGCAUAAAUUUGUUUAUUAUCUUAGAAAUAAAGUGUCUCUAAGCAUGGCCUAUUGCUAAUUUUUCUCUUUUUUGUAUUUCAUUUCCUUGAAUAUGUGCAGUUUAUUAUAUACUUUGUACUUUAGUUACAGUAUCAUAACUUUUAAUGCAAAAUACACACCAUGUAUAUUUUUUGUGAUAUGAACCAUUUUUCAUUAGUCUAUUAAAUAAACAUACAUGUUCAGUUGUGAA